UUUUCAUUUUUUUUUCAGGUGCAUAAGAUAUACGACAAAAACUCCGCCUUGGAAUCAGUUAAUGUUAUCUGGUGUGGACCGACCGAUAGUGGGUAGGAAUAAAACUAACUUUGCACAAUAUUUACCUACAUGGGCGUGUGGAAGAAAAACUUCGUUCCAAGGGUCUCUCUCCCUCUCGCUCCGUAGGGACGGGUAGGAGAGAACCCUGGGAAGGAGGUUGGUGGAAGACGAGGGCAUAUAAUUGAUUAUAGUUUUAUUAACUUUCAACCCUACUGGUACAAAAUCAAACGUUAGACUGUGGAACAUAUGUUGAACAACGUUAGGGGUAGGGUUUUUUAACAUAGUGAUGGCGGUGGUGGUAAUGAUGAUGAUGAUGAUGAUGAUGACGACGCUGUUUUGUCAUUAUUAAUAUAUCAUUGUAGAACACUUACUUUAGUCCCUAUGUCACACAGUGCUCCUGGUGUUCGGUGCGUACUUGGGUUUAGUUUUAUGGCUGAUCAUUACGCCGGAAUCAUCCGUUUACAAGACGCUCUGUUUAAAGAAAAACUGCUUUACAGAAUGCCUACCGAAGCUGAAUAUCUGACAACCAGUGAUGGUUAGAGAAAAUUCUUGCUCCUUUUUUGUGUGUAAUGUAUACCUUUAUAGCCUUAGUUAAGACGUUCUUUUUCUUAUUCGAUGCUAGGAAGGAUUUUCACUUGUGGAUAUUUAAUUUAUAAAAAUCCGCGAGUGAGAACCUGCAUUUUUCUACGUUAUCCUAAACUCUACAUGCCAAUAAAUUGCAGUUGGAGUGAUAAGGCACCUAUGACUUAUCUUAUUUACCCAAGCGUACAGAAUUAUUUUUUUUCUGCAGAUUUUAGAAAAUAAGAACCCGUUUCAAAUUUCAGGCUAAACAGGUUCUUGUAUAGGGGGUGCCUAACUGGCAAAUUUCAGCCUGACGGGUUCUUAAAAACCGAGUUCUAACUCGUGAGUUUUUACUGUAGCACGAGAUAGAUGAGAUCACUAUUUGGUUCUAAACAUGAGAGUUUUAGCUGAACAAGGUCUACAAACGAAGUUUGACGCUAAUACUAACUCUGGUAUUAUUAAGUCCCCAGCGAAGCACCAAAAAACGUGACAGCUCACAACACCAGCUCACGAAGCAUACAGGUCACGUGGUUAGAAGUCCGCCCGGAUAGUGAUAUCGAGGGUGGAGACAUUGCAGGGUAUCGCCUUAAUAUGUACACCAUUGGCAAAAAAAGGACUUGGAGUCGAGUGAUACCUGGAAAGAAUAGAACACUUUUCGAAUUAAGAGGACUAAAUGUUUACACCGAGUACUGCGUGCGAGUGAUGGCUUAUAACAGGCGAGGUGAUGGUCUCGCUUCUGAUCCUGUGUGUGCGUACACAGACACAGACGGUAAGUCGAGUGGUGAGCUGGACAGAUUUAAAUUUCAUGUAACCUUCAAUAACAGUUACCUGAUGGAGGAUUGGAACUGAUGCUAAUUUUUAUGUGAGUUCGGAAAAUUCGUUUCUGUCCUUCAUAGGAAACCCGGGGUACUUACUAUUUGAAUGGCAAAACCGGAUAUUCCGGCUGGAUAAUCAAAUGGUUCGCCUCAUUCCGUUUGGGAAGGUUCAGAAAACAUGGGUUGUGAUUUGAGGCGAUGUAAGUUUCUGUUCAGCUGAUUUAGAUAUUCUUUGUAUCGGGUCGGCCUUUCACCACCUCAAAUUUUAUAGUUUUAUGUUAAUGCACAAGAUUUCCACCCGGGUGGUAUUGGCGGAUGCAGACCUUCAGAUAAGGGGGGGGGGGUCAUCCAACCCUGGGAUAAGGGGGGAAGGGAAGGGGGCGCCCGUCUCCAAAAGAUUUUUUCAGCCCUAUGGGCCUCAGUUUGGUCUAAAAAUAAGGGGGGCGUCGGGCCCCCCGGGCCCCCUUACCUGGAUCCGCCACUUGGUGUAAGUAGUAAGCACCCCAGGGUUUUUAAGUAUCCAUAAUGCCUUGUCCCUAAGCCUCAAUACUGCGCUCGGCCGAUGCCUUUUGGGUCACGUGGCCGUUCGUUUCCGAUACGUCACCGAAAUGCUUUGACCGAGAAGAACUGAGAACUGAACGCCUUGGAAGACGCCAUACAGGGACUAGGCAAAUAAUCAUCACUUUUAGUUUCUGAGAAACUGCCCACCUACCCCUCCCCUAACCCAACAUUUUGCCCUAAGUGAGAAGUAAUUGUUAAUAUUAGCUUAGGGGAGGGGUGGGUGGACGAUUCCCCAGAAACCUAAGUUGAUCCGAAACGAGAUCAACAGAGAACAUCAUUAAAGCGACUUUGAGCAAAAAAAGGACUUGUUUGUUGUUUUGUAAUUAACUUAUUGCCGUCACUUUGUAUUAAGCGUUUCACUGGAGCCAAUUUCUCUUUUUCAGUCCCAGACCGCGCGCCUUCAAAUGUGUCUGCGCGAAACCUGAGCGCUACAGAACUCCUGGUUGAGUGGAGGCCACUCCCAAAAGAGUCUUACCACAGUGUCCUACUUUCCUACCGUAUUAAUAUUUCGACGAGUGAGAUCAACUUUACAAGAAUCAUCAACGUUUCACCCAACAUAACAAAUCAUCGCAUCACAGGACUUGACACGUACACACGUUAUGUCGUCAGCGUAGCAGCAGUGAAUGACGUUGGCCAAGGAGUUUACAGCGAUGACGUCAUUGUCUGGACAGAGGAAGGCGGUAAGUUGAUUUUUCUUAUUUAUCAAAUUUGACCUUGCGUUGUGUUGGUCAUUUGAGUUUUUUUAUUUAUUAUUUUAAAUUUUAAAUGUCUUUGCGCUCUUGGUUGGUUAUUUUUUCGUCCUAGCUACUUAAAUUCCGUGCAGGAAAUAAACAAUAGGCUCCUUUUAUUUCAUCUCUAAGACUGAAUGCUUUAAUUUUAAUUUUCUAGUUCCCAGCCACGCUCCAAACAUCAGUGAGAUAUUUUACACAAGUUCAACGAGUAUCCGAGUGACCUGGGAGCCACUGUCGCCACACUUUGUCCACGGACGGUUGCUAGGUUACCAAGUUGUUUAUCGGCAAGUUGAUGGAGAAUACUGGGAAAAAUGGAAGGCGAUCACCACCGGAAACAAGGUGCUUGGUACAAGUAUCACUGGUCUCAAGAAGUACGGAGCCUAUGUAGUCCAAGUCGGAGCAUUCACAAGAAAAGGGAAUGGACUACUGUCUAAAGGAUACAUGCUCCGAACAGAUGAGGAUGGUACGCACUAAGGCAGGAGCCCAUAAUCCGGAGAAAGCAACUUCCUUGCGCUCGCGUCACGGUUUUUUCACGGAGUAGUUUAUUUUUAGAACGGUUUAGGCGCGCUUUGUGAAUAUCUUUUAAAUUCCACAAACCAGUCAGCAAAACCUACAGACCAAAAAAUGAUGCUUCCUAAUAGCGUUUAGUUUUCCUUUUUGAUAUCUUAUACUUAGAAUGCGCUCAUAGACAUGGUGGAGAUUCUAUUUUCGCGGGAAAAAGUGCCCUAAAAUGUAUCUAAAAAUAAACUGGUCCGUAAAAACGCCGUGACAUAGGCCCAGUUGCUCACUCCGGGUUAUGGGCUCCUGACUAAGGCUAGGCACACACGGCAACGGACGAAUUUGCGACCAGUAGGAAAUUCGUGCGUUUAGGUGUGACCAGGAGCCCAUGGCUUGGGCUCCCUGUGUGACUGUUCACACGGAACUACCCUUACCGUACGAAAAUUUACACGCCUAACCGUUCCAAAAGUUGAGGUCAAAUUUUCGUCCGUACGCUUGGUGUGUGCAUUAAGACGGUUAAAAUUCUUGUACGACUAAUUUUACCAGCGUGGUGUGAACACCAUAACUGUUUAAAGUUUUGUACCACAAAUUUGACCAGCGCGGUGAACACCACCACCAUAACUGUAUAAAUUUUUGUACGGUUAAGGUGUGGCUGCAUGUUUGCGUGGUAACUCAGCCGGGAGGAAACAUUUUGGAUUUGCGCUCUGCGCAUGGGCAGAUGAUAAAACCACUGAGCAAAGCUGAGAAAAGUUCAAAUUCAACGUGGUUUGCCAGUUCUGUAUGAACAGAGUACAGUGAAAAUACAGUGAAACCUUCGUUGUAGAGAAGUUGAAACAAGAGUGAAUGUAGGGAAUAAAACAAAACUAUUUUGCCAGACCUAAAACAUGUAGGUUCUUAUACGCGGGUGUUUACUGUUUGUCGCGGGGUAAGCGUCUUGUUUGUUUUGCUAUCCCCAGUUCCCUCAAAACCACCACAGAAUGUGACUGUCGCCAAAGACAACUCUACCUCAACAAGCCUCUUCAUUCACUGGCGCCCAGUCCCCGCGAACCAUCAGAACGGUAUUAUCCUUGGGUAUCGUAUCAUUUACAAAAAAUCCGCCAAGGAAGACACUCUUAAAACAAAGAAUGUUUCCGCGAGAACAACUACAACAGAACUGAAGAACUUGACCAAGUUUACGGAGUACAGCAUCACUAUCUUGGCAUAUACAUCUAAGGGCAACGGUGUCCGAGCAAAAUUUUUCACCGCUUCUACCACCGAAGACCGUAAGUACCUCAUAAGUCUGCUUAGCAGCCGUUUUUGUCACGCAUCGUGGCGUGACGAGACAAAAACGGCUGCGAGGGAGACUAAAGUAUCUCAUUAACGAAGUAAAAAAUAUAUCAAGAGAAAAGUACUACCUGAUAUUUUUUGCUUGUUUUUGGGUGGUGACGCUAAAUAGCGCCACAGGGAAGUACUCAGUGCUCUCAGUGCUCGGUCAUCUUUAAAUUGAAUGGUCACACCAAGGAUCACAAGUUUGAGCCACCUUGCACUGCAUAGGAUUGUAAACAGUACCAGAUGAAAGUACUGCUUAGUAGCUUUUGUUUGAAUGGUAACUCUUUAGGAUUUCAUUCACAGCCUCAAAAGUUAGAGCCACCUCGGAUGGUAAAUAGUACCAAUGGAAACUACUACUCAGUAGCUUUCGUUUGAAUGGUCACACUUUAGAAUUUCAUCCCCAGACUCAAAAGUUAAGACAACUCUGCACAGUAUACUAUAGAUCACCAUGGGAAAGUGCAGAUCAGUAGCUCUUUUCUGCACAGUUCAAACCGUAGAAUUUCGUCCACAGACUCGAAAUGGACAUCCCCCCUCAGGGUCCCUUGGAAUUUCGCUCACCGGCAUUCAGUAAUCAUAAGGUGAAGGUGAGGCUGAUUUUUGUUAUUAUAUUUGUCAGGACCAAGCAAGCCGCCGACAUUAACCAAAGUCUUCAACACGAGUUCCACAUCCAUUCGAGUACACUGGAGCACUAUACCACAGAAGUACACUCACGGGAUUCUUGUUGGAUUCGUUCUUUUGUAUCGAGCCAUGAAUGAAUCGCAAGACAUGUACAGGGACGUUGAGGUGGGACCUGACAGAGACAACUUGGAGCUGACAGGACUUUGGAAAUAUACUAAAUAUGGAGUUCGAGUGCUGGGCUUCACCAGGGUGGGGUGGGGAGUUAUUAGCCCGGAAGUUGCCGUGCAAACGGAUGAGGAUAGUAAGUAGACAAAUGGGUGUGGUAUCGUGACGCCCUCAUAUAUCGUGACGCCCUCAUAUAUCAGCUAUUUCUUAGACAAUUUUCCGUCCGAUAUUUUUAUUAGAUCGUCAAGAUCCAACGCUUGCUGUAACGGUUGACCAUCUUGGUUUCAAAUAUGCCGAGGGUAACCUUAGGUAGAGUGUCAUAUCAAGAGAGGAUAAAGGGGACAGAGAAGGCAUCUCCCAUACACACCGUAUUCCAUAGGUAAUUCGUCUCGAGUUAUUUUUAACACCACAGAUCUCAAGGGGGGUUAGACAACAGCCAAUCACAUAGCGCGAAUGUGUUCCGCGUUGAUGACCCACGCUCAGAGCCACGCGUCCUUCACGAAUUGACGCAGAACAAAAUGGCGGAAGACGCGGAGAGCGAUAUUGCUAUUCGUUUUGUCGACGAAAUCGACUACAGAGAGAUUUCUGCUAAAGCUGUGUCAGCGAAACGGAAAUUAAAAAAGAAUCGCCCUUCCUCUCUUGUAUAGAGCUAACAGUACAGCAGGGAAAUCCUUAACACACUAAAUAUUCUCUCAGGAUCAUUUAUAAUUUACAGUUUGAAGAGAGCAAUUUCUGGUUUGAUAUUUAUUCUUUUAGUAGUCUUUUAUUAUUCAACAAAAAUUUUACUUGGCGUCCUACUUGCUUUAUUGUACAAACGACCGGUUUCAAUAGACUGGCGAAAUUUAUCAUUUUAUUAAAGCACUGAGAUUACGACAACUUCGAGUUAAACUGAUUUCACGGGUUGUCAAAGAGUCUAGCGAUUCCCUUUUCCCAGGUGAGCGCCGACUCAUUUCGCGUCAAUAUUCAGGAAUAAUCUCGAUCUCUUUACGCUUUCAUUGCCUUUCGCCCGACAUGUUUUGCACGGCGUUUAGUCAUGCGAAACCUCCACAAAACAUCCACGCAGCGCGCGAGGUAACUUUAUCCCGAUUCUAAAAAAAAACUCGAGACGAAUUACCUAUGGAAUAGUGUAUGCAUGGGGAAUGCCUUCUCUGUCCCCUUUAUCCUCUCUUGGUCAGAUCUAUGUUCCUCACCCCUACCCCCUCGAUUUGUCCUCUCGAUAUAUCUGACACCAAGAACUCCAAGAUGGCUGCCUAUUUUAGCAAGUGCUCAACGAUUUUAAGGGAAGUCUGAGCGAAGUUUUGAGGUCUGUUAGCUAUUUCUGUACACAGCGCUGUAAAAGAGGGAUUUCAAAUCGUUUAUUCUGUUUUAGGGUACAGAAAUAAAAGAGUUUUGGAGUAGAAUAAACACAUUACUGUGCGCGCGCGCUAAUUAGUAUUGAGGAGUAAACCCCCUUUCAGAAUAGGAAGCUUAGGCAAAGAUGUUUUCGAGAGACGUGCGUCAACCGGAAGUGGACUUUUUGCAUUCUUGGGCUGUGAUAAAGAUACUUAAAAGUACCAAUCUGGUUAUAGAACAGGCAUAUUUGACUGCCUCGUUUAAAAAAUGUUAUUAAAAAAAGAACUUAGGCCUAGCCUUAACACUCAGAGUGACCCCAUUAGUGCUGAACUCUUCGUUUAACGUGCGGUGUAACGUAUUUUUGUAUGUUACUUUUCUUUUAAAUGAACUAUUGUUUUCCUUGUAUUUAUAGAACAUUCAUACUUGACGUCCCAAAACGUCGAAACGUCGUACAUUUUUUAACUUUUUUAAAAUUUCUUUAAAUGUUUUUAAGGAUAGUUUUUACGCAUCUCUUAUAACGAAAGGCAUAUUAAAGGGGAAAAAGGCUUCAAUUGCGGUCGACGUUCCUCGCUCAAAAACACCUUUGCUUAAGUUUCCUAAUCUAAAGGUCUUUACUGCUAAGCAAACAAAUACUAUCUUUUGAUUGCUUACAGCUCCGGGAAUGCCCCCGGAAAAUGCUUACGCCGCCAACAAGUCAACUCCCACCACGAUACCAGUCACGUGGCAACCAAUCAGCAACCAGUAUUUUGUGCACGGGAUUCUUAGAGGUUAUACAGUGACAUACAGAGCCAUCAGUAAUCCAAACCAGCGGCUAGACGAGAAGGAAAGAAACAUUACAGUCGGACCCAACGCUACUUCCGUUGUGCUGAAUAAAUUGUCCUCCUUUACGAUUUACAGCAUUGAGGUUCGUGCGUUCACGGUCAAAGGAAACGGCAUUCCAUCUCAAGUAAUAUUUGCCGGUAACGAAUUCGUUUUUGGGUUUUCGUUUGAAAAGCAGUUACUUUGGCAAGCGUAAAACGGGGAUAGUGAAGGCGGGGCGGGGUGGGGGGGAGGUGGGGGAGUAGUUCAAAAAUACCAGAAGGAAAAGGGAGUGGAGAACUGAAACGAGGUUGCCUGUAAUUAAGAUCUCCUUCCCUUGUUGAUUUUUCUAUCUUUUUCUUCUUCGCAUUCUUGCACUCCCUUCCCUGGUCCUCUUUGAUGCUGCAUUGGGUAGAAAGCACUUAAAAAACACCCCCACUAGAAAAACGAUCUGACAGUAUGUCGUUGUGGUCUGGGCAUGGAGCGUGGCGAUAUCAAAAAAGGGUUUCAAUCAUGCGAAAAAGCCAGGCAGAAAAAAUACCAUUUAUUUUCUGUUAGGCAACGAUUUCUAAAAUUUUUCUCUUCACGGUUUCUAAUAAAUAUGGUGCUUAAAAGACUCUGAAUUUUCUCUGCCAUUUAAGAGUAAUAAAAAAUAACGGAGUAUAUACAAAAAUAUCAAGUUUGUAUUGAUUGUAUUAAUUUUACGCUUUUUUGAUGUUUACAGAGACGUGCAACUGCUACAGCAGGAUUUUCACGAACUACUGGCUUAACCCUCCAUAUAUGGACAUAAACAGUGACGGCAACCAGACCGGUAUUUUCCCGCCAAUUUUGCGGCUGCUAGUGCGCAGCUGCUGCGGAGAGUGUGCAGCACAUGGCUACACGGAGAUUGACUUCCGCUCUUCGGGUGACAAAGAUUCGGCCAGAAAGAGCACAGAAAAGGAAGUCAGGGAAGACAUUGACGACGCGAUAGAAUUAAGUUUCCCCGUGUACGGAAGGAUGGAUCAAACGGAGUACUCUAAAGAGUAUGGCUUUGCACCUUUGGUGCAAUCCGCUGGCGUGGCUUUUAUUGUGGGCGUCGAUGAACCAGGCAGGGCUGCUAAGAUGGUAGUGAAAGCCGUGUUCAAUCUGUGGCCUUUGAUUAUUACCGUGUUUAUAUCUGCGUUCUUCUCUGGAAUCGUCAUGUGGAGCUUGGUAAGUCUGACGGUAUUCAAAUUGUCAAAAUUGUCAAAUUUAUUGUCAGAGCGCCACUUGCAAGCAUAUGUUUUCUAGGAAUUACGAAAAAAUUAAUAUGUGAGUGAAGGCUUAGUCUUUUGAAUUUUCAUUUUCGCAGGACUUCGUGUUUAACGCGAAUGAGUUCCCAGCCUCGCCAAUACGGGGACCAAUUGAAGGAAUGUGGUGGGCGUUUGUCACCAUGACAACGCUGGGGUAAGUGCGGUUGUAACAUGGUCUCAUGUUCAAAGCGCUUACCUUCUAACUAGUACCGUACUGAAUUUUAGAGCGUCAUUAUUAUCAUUUCUGGGCAACAUAAUCUAUGAUUUUUAGCAAAAUUAAAGGAUUUAUCUUUUUCAAGUGAUAUCUUAUACGUUUAGCGCCAUAUCUCUAUAGAAUUAAAACACAAUUCCUAGGUCAUCAAUCGAAAGCAAGCCAAAUUCCAUUCGCUUAACGCGAGUCGAGUUUUCCAGCGCUAACUGCACUGGUUUAGUUUUUCCUCGCUUGGCACGGGUUAGGGUUCCCGAGCUCUUGGUUAAGUGGGUUGAGUUCGGUUUUUUCAUCGUUUGCUACCGGUUUUAAAAUUUCCAAGUUUGACAUAAGUUUUCCUGCUAUUAACACCGAUUACACAUUAUUGCUUCAAUACUGACGUCAGUUCGUUCACGGAGUAAUUAUACUACAACUCUUUUGGCUUAGAAGCUUUGUUUCCUCGAACUCAUUGCUUUCCAUUUAAAAUACAGUCAAUAUUCCUUUGUUUGUCAGGUAUGGAGACCGCGUGCCACGUGCGAUACACUCAAAGUUGUUUGGCAUUGUGUGGAUCACGUGUGGGCUGGUCAUCAUAGCGCUUGUGAUGUCAUUUAUCACUACGUCACUGACCAUGGAUAUUAUCAAAUCCGAUAUUCCUGUAUAUGGCUCAAAGGUAAGCUAACAAGCUGUAAAAUUCAUGCGACCAAGAACGGCUUUGCUAGAAUUUCGUCUUCCGAUGAAGAAGGAAACAAUACCACCGGCUUUUGGUGAUAGGCGUCUCAGAAAGACGUUUUGAGAGUUUGGGAAAAUCGGUGUUGGUGUAACUCACUAACGUAUAAUAAGCCUUCCCUUGUAGCCAGCAAAACGAUAUCACGGCAAUAAGCGCUUUGUACUGAGUUAUCUUGCUUCUUUUUCCUAUCUUUGUUUGAAAGGUUGCUGCUAUUAGUGAUUCAGCGGAAUAUCGUCUCGGAAUUCGAAUGAACGCCAAGAUGAGUCAAGGCAAGUGUUUUUCUAGUAAGGGACGAGACUCGCCCCAGUAUUUCGAAGAUCUAUUAUGACGGGCUGUCCCUGGGUUACAUUUUAAUCCGGCUUCAUGCUACUUUUUUUAAAAGCGUUUUCUUGGGUCUUUUUAGCUCGUCAUGCAUUUUAGAACGUCCAAGCAUCAAAUUGUAGGCCAAAAAAAUCAACAGAAAUUUGCUUCGUGAGCGUCCAGAUUUGAAGACAAAUUUCGCGCUAAUCGAGGUUUUAUGUUAAUCCUUUUUUGAACAACGAGGGCUUGGUAUUUGACUUGCCUGGUCUCUGUACGGCGUUUUCCCAGGCGCUCUCGGUCAAUUCACUUCGGUAACGUAUCCGAGGCGAACGGGCGGGAAACAUCUUCGCUUGGACCACGUGACCCAAAACGCUUUGGCCGCGGAAAAUGAUGAGGCCUAGGGACUACGCAAGUAUUUGACUAAGUCUAAGAGCUUUAGACUUGGAUGAUACCUGGAUGCAACAUGCACGUGUCCCUUGAUUCUCUCUAUUUUCUGGUCCGAAAAACGGAGGUUUUGGCGAGUUAACUGGCUAGACGUUUUUAUGUCUUUCUCGAACUUAGACCUAAAGCGAAGGGUCUUAAUCCUUCUUCACAGCAUAAGUAAAACAUUUAUUUAACGACGCUAAACUCAGCUAUUUCUACACAACAACGGAUAGUUUUUCGUGCGUGCAGGAAUGAAAAACUAACCGGUAUAGUAUGAACGUCAUGUAACAGCACAGAACUGGAACAACUCGUUCAGACACAUCAAACAUGAUAUCGGAGUGGUUGUCUUUACUUCUGAUUGGUUACUUCCGUCUUGGUGGGUUUCAGUCGCUGUAACUCACUUACUUCCGCUACGGUCCGAAUACCUCUUCACACUACGACUAAGAGCGGCACUGAGAAACCGAUCCGAUAUGGGACGAACUAUUUUCAAGAUCGGCGCAGUGUGGCACAGCUUCGCUUUGUUACAGAAUUCACGCCAAAAUCACUGCUCGUGUGUGUGAACAAAAGCCCUAUCGGUAUGGUUUUCGCGCCGGCGCAAAAGACAUCCGGUAUAGUGUGAACAAGGCCUUAGGUAAAGUUAGCAAGGAAUUUUCAAACAAAGUAUGUUAGUGUGUGGCAUACAAUCUCUCCCAGGGCACUUUUCCAUUCAAACGUGGGACGCGGUGGGGGGCGGGGGGGGAACAUGUGACCGACUGACGCCAGGGCCUUUUCCCACCCCUCCCAUGUACGUGAAUGGAAAAGUGCGCUGGGGGCGAGAUGAUUGCCUGGCAUUUACAAAGAGUCGCCUCAAAUGGCAUUCUAAAAUUAACACUUGUUGUUACACAGGGUACACCACUCUUAAGGACCUGCAUGCAACUUUGACGAACUUGCAGGUGGAUGGAAUUCUCAUCGAUUCAUACACUGUAGGAAGGUUUCUGGGAAACUGCCUACCUACCCCUCCCCUAACCCAGUAUUAACACUCACUUCUCACUCAGGGCAAAAUGUUGGCUUAGGGGAGGGGUAGGUAGGCAGUUUCCCUGAAACCUAAAUUGAUCCAAAACGUCUUGUUACACAGGGUACACUACUCUUAAGGACUUGCAUACGGCUUUGACUAACCGGCAUGUGGACGGAAUUCUCAUCGAUUCGUACACUGUAGGAAGUCGGAAGGACUUGUUUAGCGAUGGCCUUUCUCGCGUGAGCAAGAUGAUCGAUUAUUCUUCUGCGUACGGCAUAGUGAUGGCAGGUUACGCCAAAAAGCUUCAAAAGUGCUUCCGUGGAUUUCUAAAGGAAGAGAAGGCUGUAGUGUUUGAAAUCAUCACCAGUAACGUCCAAGGAAUUACAGUAAGUUAGCAAGUGCUGUGUAGGCAUCUCCAUUGCAAUCAGCUAUUUCAAAAAAAGUUGACAUCUGCAAAGCGCUAUAGGUAAUACCAAUACUGCAAGGGACUUUGUGUACACUGAUUAUGAUUUCAGUUUUAAAAGCAGGACGUACUUGCUAUAAAUAUAGUUUGUUUACCUUUGACAUGGGCAAACCAGUCAGUCCACGGUUUGGGCAAAUGACACUCAAAAUUCAGGACUAGGAAAUUUCGCCCCGGAAUCGCGUUUACCACUUGCACAAAUCAGUUCAAAAAAUGACCGCGAAGGCCUGAAACUGGUAUCAAAGAUUGCUUUGAAGAAAUCGAACACAAAUUUCCGUUUGGAAUAUUCCGUCCGGAAAAACAGGACUACCUUUCCAGAUGUUCCGUUGCUCCCGGAAAUUUUCCGCUGGAACGACCCUAAAGGCGUGUUCCAUCUACUUUCCAACCGAUUUUCUGGAAACUCUUUUUCAAUGGUAAACAACCUUGAUGUUGAGAAAAAUGGGGUUAUUUGGAAGGAUAACAACAGGGAGCGCGAUACUGCACAAUGCUCCGCGUUUCGCCAGGGUAGAGGAUCUCAAACAGUAACUCCCGGAGAAAUGGCGCGCCAGCGAAGAUCGUUAUUGUAAGAUCUUGGCAUCAUAAACAGUUUUCCUGCAUUUGUUUAAUGCCACGGUAAAAUGAAAAUAUUGAGUUCCUCUAAUAAUCCCAUAAUUCUGUUGGGUAACAGUAUUGCCUAUUGUACUUAACUGAUGUCGACCAAUAGGACAAUUAUACGAUGACGUCACUUUACUUCAACUACCAGAACGCUUCAGUGUGUUCUUCAGUCUUGUGCAAAUAAGGGCUAUUGGUCUUUAAUCCUCAGCGGAAAUGCUAGCCUGCGAACAGCAGACGCAUUUCCGGUCGUCGCUUCUUUCGACGACCGGAAAUGCGUCUGCUGUUCGCAGGCUACGGAAAUGCCAGAUUUGAACAAGAACGCAAAGACAAAAUGUAUUCUGGUAGUUGUAGUCAAAUGUCUUGAUCGUGAAAAUGGCCAAUUAGCUUAUUAGCUCUAUUGCUUAUUCUUCAGGGACUACAAAAGGAUAAUGCCGCUUCUAAGACAGAGGGUCUGUUCGAUGCAGAGUCCACAGCGUACAUAAAGAGCGUAACGUACUGCGGAAUAUCUAUAGCUGUACUUGUGUUUAUCUUCCUGAUCUAUGAGAUAGUCACGAGGAAAAAACGCAACCCUAACGCGAAAAGAUACGGUAAGACUUUAUUCUAGUUAAGCGUAUACUUGGGCGUCGCUGGGUACUCUAGGCGCUUUCCAGAAGUCAGAAUUGGCCGGUGGGACCUAUCUUUUUGAAAAUGAAAUAUAUGUAUUUUUUCGAAACUUUUGAUAAAACCAUCACUGCCGUGCAUGCCAUUUUGAAAUAAACUGAGAUGGCUGGAUAGUCCUGAUUAAUAGUGGAAUUCUCCCGCCGAGGACAACUGGACUGGUCUGGUAAGCCAGUUCUGACAAAUGGUAUGCGCCCUCAGAGCCUUAAUUCAUUCACAAACUUGGGUGCACUGAGUAUGGCAUUCUGCUUGUAUAGGACACUGUUCAUACGUUUUGAGUGAAAAAGAUUUUUGUCAAUUUGAAGUAGCCUCUUAGCUGGAAUGCAACUGCAACACAAUUUUCAUCAUUAAGCUACAAGAUGAAAGUUGCGUGUGACUUUUCGGUGUUCAAAGCAGUUAGUGAAAAAAUUGAAAUAACGUUUCGGUCCGGCGGAUUUAUUAUUAGGAAGCUAUGCAGAGGCGGUUUUGAGCAAGGCACGUCAAUUGGAACUGUGGCUUUUCCUUUUUUAUAUGCCUCGACGCUUCCAAUGUUGUAUUGUUUAGUGUCUUUACUCUUAUAGAGACGAUUACCCCGAAAAUUGAGGCAAAAGUGUCCAAGAAUGCAAAACGUCUACUUUCGGUGGACUUGCGUCGCUCAGAAACGCUUCUUUCUUAUGCUCCCUGGUUAGUCUGUCCAAGCAGCAACAUGUGUGAUUGUCUUGAUUUCCUUCGAUUUUGAAUAUCUUUUCAACAAUAUUUCUGUCUCUUUUCAAAUCUGCAGAAUAUAGUGACUACCUCCAGGAUCUCCGCAAAGAAGACCGCUUAUACGAGUACAAUAACACAAAGGAUGCUAUGAAGAAAAUCCUAUCAGAUUUCUACAAAAAUUGUCGCCUUCGGAUCGAACAUUUAAAAGCUAAACAUCGACGAGAACUGCGGCUCUUGGCCCGAUUAAAACAAGAGGCCUCGGAAAAAGGAGAAAUAGCCCCAACAAAUGGAAGCUUUCGCAAAAUAAGCCGGGGUGUUUUCGGGUUUACACCUCGAUAUAGUAGCAUAGUACAGGUAAAUGGCUUUUCUCAUUAA